AUGGGCCUCAUGUCUCUGGCCCUGCAGACAUGGGUGCGAACUCAGAUCGGUACAGAGAUCUACUGGAUCGGGCUGAACGACAUCGCUGCUGAGGGUGUGUGGGAGUGGACUGACGGGAACGUGUACUACCCCUAUCUGGCUAACUGGAGGCCAGGACAGCCUGACAACUGGGGUGACAACGAAGAUUGCGGAGAAGUGGUGGGGGCUAGCCACGGCCAGUGGAACGACGAGCCUUGCUUGGUCAGACGCCGCUACAUCUGCAAGCGGCCCAACCGUACGUUCACCCUCCCCCCGAGGAGGGACCUCAUUCGCAUCCCCUCGAACCCACCCACCUUGUGCGACACGGCCAAUGGGUGGCAGCAGUACGGAUCCAGCUGCUACAGGCUGAAAGCAGACACGAGGAGGACGUGGGCCGCGGCGCGGAUUGACUGUGUGAGGGAGGGAGGGGACCUGGUGUCCAUCGAAAACGCUGCGGAGGAGCAGUACGUGACAGGCCGCCUGGACCCCUCCAGCUUUGACCUCUGGAUUGGCUACUCCACCUUGAGCUGCACUACGAUAUCCUGUCAAGUGCAACCUGACAACACUCAGUUUCACUGGUCAGAUGCGUCGACUUACACUUACACCAACUGGGGAGAAAAUCAGCCCGACCUCAGCUUCAGCGGGAACUGCUACUGGGUGGUGAGCAACAUCAAUCUCCUGACCAGCUGGCACGAGGCUCACACCAAAUGCUCUGCCAUGGGAGCAGGCCUGGUAACGAUCAAGAGUGAAGAGGAGCAGUUCUUCAUCAAUGCUCAGCUGCCUGAUCUGCAUCAAGUUGAUGUGCCUGAUGUCUGGAUUGGUGUCUCAGGAAAUUACCAUGGAAAAUGGGAAACCACCAACUGCUUCAAAAACCUGGGCUAUAUCUGUAAAAUGGUCGGGGGCCAAAACGUGAAGCCAACUGCAGCUCCAGACUCACACUGUGAUGCGGGAUACCUUCUCUAUGGUGACCACUGCUAUCACUUUGAGACUGAGACAGUGAAGAACUGGGAUGAUGCACAGGCCUACUGCAUCAAUCAAAAUGGAAACCUGGCCAGUGUCCAUAGCCAAGAAGAGAUGAGCAUUUUAACUGCUCAUAUGACAAGAUCUUCAUGGGUCGGCCUGAAUGACAAGGCGUCAGAAGGCAACUUUGUGUGGUCUGACGGGACACCAACGGACUUUCUCUUAUGGGACAACAACCAGCCAGAUAACUGGCAGGGAAACGAGGACUGCGUUCAGGUGCGAGGAGUGGACCACAGCAACCCCGGACACUUCAAUGAUCAGUUCUGUACAUCCACCUUCCCUUUCAUCUGCAAAAAAGGAUGGAAUGAGAAGUGCGGCUCCUGGGUGUCUGACCCCUUCAACGAUUACUGCUACCUCUUCAACUACCUGUCCAUCCGGAAGUGGGCGGAUGCCCGCGCAGACUGCCUCAACCAAGGCGGCGAUCUCCUCAGCAUCACCGAGCCCUUCGAGCAGGGCUUCAUUCAAGCUCAAGUCCAGCAGAUCCCCACAGGGGUGGCAAUGUGGAUGGGGGGCCACGACUCCAUCUCGGAGGGUGGCUGGGAGUGGUCCGACGGUUCUCCUUUCCGCUACACCAACUGGGGCCCCGGUGAGCCCAACAACCACGAGGGCCGGGAGGACUGCGUGGAAAUGGUGAGCACAGUCAACGGCUCGUCCUGGUGGAACGACCUCAACUGCGACGCGCACCAAGACUGGAUCUGCAUGAUCGCCAAGGGGAAGAAGCCCAUCAUCCCCCCAACGGCCCCGCCGCCCGUGCCAGCGCCUGACUGCGGCAGCAACCCCGGCUGGAGGAAGAAGAACGGGAUCUGCUACUACUACAACGACACGGACAUCGUGGACUUCCACACGGCCAUGGAGAGGUGCUAUGUGGAGAAGGCCCGGCUGGUUUCCAUUGCCAACAAGGACGAGCAGGCGGUCGUCAGCAGCAUGGUGGGGACCGGGCAGGUCAGCGCGGCCUGGAUUGGAAUGAUGAUGUUCGGAGUGGCAGAAGGAGAAUACAUCUGGGUGGACCAUUCCCCUGUGACGUAUGUCCACUGGGCUGGAGGAGAGCCAAAUAAUGCUAACGGGGAGGAGCAGUGUGUGCAGAUGAACAGAUACCCAGGGUGGAAGCUCUUCCGAAACAAGUGCUACAUGUUCAAAGGCGAUCACAAGAAUGAGAACGAAGUCCGGGCCAACUGGAGCUUCGCGCGUGACUGGUGCAGAAACCAAGGCGGAGACCUGGCCGUCAUCGACAACCAGUAUGAGAAUGACUUCGUCUCCAGCUACCUGAGGGACCUGGUUCUGCCGGCUUGGAUUGGCCUGUCGGACACGCUCCACGAGGGGAAGUUCGCCUGGAGCGACGGGAGUCCGGUCAAGUACACCAACUGGGCCGACAAAGAACCAAACAACGGAGACGAAGGGGAGCAUUGCGCCACCAUGACUCACAGCCAUCUGGUCACCGGGCGCUGGAACGACGACUCGUGUCACCUCGCGAGGGGCUGGGUCUGCUAUAGGAAGAAAUCGAGCAGCAUUCCCGAGCCCCCUCCCACCAAAAACCCCUGCCCUUCGGGCUAUACCUCCUGGUAUAACAACUGCUACAAGCUGGUGGAGGAGUACAAGACGUGGGAGGAGGCCCAAGCUGCGUGCCAACAGGAGAAGGGCAACCUGGCCAGCAUCGACCAGAGCUACGACCAGGCCUUCGUGGCUGGGGUCGUUCUGCAGGGCAAGUCGGAUGCCUGGAUUGGCCUGAGGCGAAAGGACGGCAGCGGCUCGUACGCCUGGACAGACGGCUGGCCGGUGUUCUUCACCCACUGGGGCCCCGGGGAGCCCACGAGCCACGAGGGCGAGGGCUGCGUGAGCAUGCACGCCUCGCCGCACCUGCACGGCGUCUGGAACGACACGGCCUGCGGCUCCGCCAAGCACUACAUCUGCAAAACCUCCUCAGACAAGCCUCCCGCGACUCCAGCCCCCGGGGACGGGAAGUGCCUGCCUGGCUGGUGGCCCUACGGCCGCUACUGCUACUUUGUCUAUAAUGGCAAAACGGGCUUCUCCUGGCCGGAGUCCAGACACUACUGCCAGCUGGCUCAAGGGGACCUGGUGUCCAUCCACAGCCGCGCCGAGGUGGAGUUCAUCAGGAAAAUCAACUACACAAAGUACCACAACGUCUGGAUCGGACUCACCAGGGACCAGUCCUUCGGCUGGGCGUGGACUGAUGGCACAGCCCUGGCCUUCCUGAACUGGGCGCCGGGCGAGCCGAACGAGGCCUUCCACCCUGGGGACGUGGGCCGGGAGAACUGCGUGGAGAUGUACCACGACGGGAAGUGGAACGACAACAACUGCGUGCAGAAGAGGGGCUUCGCCUGCCGCCACAGGCAAUCGGACAACGUCUUUGCACUGUCCCAGUUUGUCAGCAGGGGUUGCGUUGCAUGA